GCGUGAGCGAGGCAGCGCGGCGUCUCGUGCUGACCUGGACCCGCAUGCUGACCGCGGCGACAUCAUUAGAAGCUUCCUCUCAUGCUGACCAAGUGGUCACCCCCUCUUCCCACUCAACGAACCUCCCACACAACCCCUCAUCAUCCCACUCAACGAACCCCCAACACAGCCCCGCAUCCUCCCACUCAACGAACCCUCAGCACAACCCCGCAUCCUCCCACUCAACGAACCUCCAACACAACCCCCUAUCCUUCCACUCAACGAACCCUCAGCACAACCCCUCAUCCCAUCUGGCCCCUCUCAACCACACCAACGAUGCCCUAAGAAACGACAAAAAUAUUUUUUGUAUUUCAAAUAAAACCGAGGGAAGUCCGGCGUCUUCAGUAAAUUUCACGGGCAAUACGAAUUCAUCGAUGAAAUCUGAAGAGAGUACAAAUUCCUCGUUAAUUGCUGAUGGGAGUACAAAUUCUUCUAUUAAAUCUGAGGAAAGCAAGAAUUAUUUGGUGAAUCUCGACGGAAACUUGGCUUCAUUUCCGAAGAAGCAGCCAGAAGACCAGAACGCUCCCGUCUACUCGGAGGAGACGUACGAAGCUGAGGACUUGGGCGCCAUGUGGCAGGAGUCCAUCUUGCCAAAAUAUCUGCCCACCAAGAAACCAAAACUAAAAAACAGAAGCAAGUUCGCUGCUGCCAAAAGAUUCAAGUCGAAGUCAUCGCCCACGUGUGCCACCUCCACCGAGAGUACCCUAGUCGUGAGGCCCUCGAACCCAGUGCUUGUGAUAUCUCCUGUCCCUCGGGGCUACAUCGAACACAUCGCGGGAGUUGGAAGGCCCAACAGUGUACUUGGCAAGAGGGGGCCACGCAAGAAGGGCCCUCGGGUGACCCCAGGGGGCCUGGUCCAAGACUCAGAGGAGUCCGAGAGAUCGGAUUCCCCGCAGAAGGGAAUUAAAAUCACAAUCAAGAGCGGCAGUCAAGUGAUCCUGCAUGCGUCCUCGAAGAAGGGGAAGAAUGAGGAUGGAACCCCGAGAGUGAUGUCCAAAGAGUUCGUGGACUCCGAAGACGACGAUAAGGAAGAUGAAGACGACGAGGACAAGAAAAAGAAGAAGAAGGGUGGUGACAGCGACGAAGAUUUUGAGGUAGAAGAAUGGAAUAACAAGAAACCGUUGGGUUCUCAGGGCAGUCGAAACUCCCAAGACGUGCCAUCAGGGGACGUGACCAAGAAGUCCAAGAAGCGGGUACGUGCCAUCAUCAUCGACAGCGACGAUGACGACUCCACUGAUUCGUUACCGAGCCUCGACCAUGCAUCGACGAAGCUCAAGGAACCAUCAUUAGAUAUUAAAAAACCUGUGAUGAACGGCGCAGGUCCCUUGCCUUAUGUGCCCACCAAAAUUAUCAUGCUGGAUGGCUCGUUAUCCCCGGGCGUGAGUGAGCCUCCCUUGCCAGACACUAAGCAGGGAAUUAAACUCAAGAAAUUCCGCGUGGAGAAAUCCGAGGGCAUCGAGAAAGACAUCUCCAGUGAGAAGAAGGGGGCGUCCAAAGCUACUGUAGGAGAUGAGGGUAGAAGUCGACAUAGCAGCAGCAGCAGUAGUGGCGGGGGUAAGAAGAGUAGCAAGGAUAAGGACAGGGAGAGGGUGAAAACAGAUGAUAAAGAGAGGGAGAAAACUAGAAUAGAUGAUAAAGAGAGGGAGAAAAUUAGAAUAGAUGAUAAAGAUAGAGACAAAGAGCGAGGAAGAGUAGAUGAUAGAGACAGGAAUAAACAAGACAAAAUACGGAUCGAUUCCGACAAACGCGCGAAAGACAAAGACAGGAAAACCUUCGAUAAAGACCGCAGAUCGAGUGUGGACAGCAACACCUCUAAAGAAAGGGACAGGGAGAAGGAAAGAGAACGGGAGAGAAGAAAAGAGAAGGAACGCAAGGAGAGGAAGGACAAGGACAAAGACCAGUCAGAAAAGGACAGAUCCACCCUGGAGAAGGUAAAACCCCUCAGCACGGACGGCAUGGCCAAAAUCCCCAAACGUCCUCCCAGUUUCCUGGACGCUCUGGGGUCCGCAGACCCCGGCGAGAGCCAAAUCAAGCGACCCCCGGUCAAGGUGAAGACCUCCUCCUUCAGGAGCAUCGGGGUCCUCGAACCCAAGAGAACCUCAGCCCUCACCAGCGGGCCGUCCGCACCUCCAGCCUCGAGGCCCCCCUACGGAGGACAGUCCACCACUGGCGUGCCCCGCAAGCCGGAGGCGGACAGGCCGGCGGCCAAGAGACCUCUGGACCUGCCGACCAUCGGGGCGGACAAGCGCCUUAAGACCACCAUCUCGUCCACCCCCCUCAGCGGGGACAGGCCGGGGGGCGCCAAGCUCAUCUCUCCCAAGCGACCGGGGCUGUCAGACGACGGGGGGUUCAUGGCCGCCCUGGACGCCGUGUCCCCCAAACUCGACCCCAAGCGAACCCCCAAACCCCCCACCUCACGACCCCCACGACCCCGCCGCCCUAGUGACAGUGACGCUGAACCCCUGCCUCCUGCCACUAGUGCCACUAGUACUGCUGCCACUACUGCCACUUCCACUAGUACUGCUGGUGUCACUUCUACUACUGCCACUGCAACGUCUGGUGCCAUUGCCACUAGUGGCACUAGUGCUGGUGGCUCAGCUGGUGCCACUGCCACUAGUGGCACUGAGGAAAGUGCCACUAGUGACGCUCCGCUGCCACGGCCCGCGUUGAACUUCUACCGCGACGCGCUGGACGAGAUGGACAUCAGCGGGGGCGCGUCCCCCGAGGAGUUCGAGAAGGUCGAGGUCAUCACGAGCGACCUGCCUGCCGGGGUCAAGAGCGCCCUGGUGCUGGUGCGGCCCCCGGGGGGCACCAAGAAAGGGGUCCGCUUCCGGCCCGAGGACCAACUGGAGGUGGUGCAUUACUUCGAGCUGGACCAGACCGAGCGAGUGAACGUGAACGCGCAGAAGUUCCAGGACAUGUUGCUGCUCGAGAAACAUGGCGAGCGUGACGCUCUGGACAAGCACCGUGGCCGAGCCAACACGUGCGUGCAGUACGCCCCCUGGCAGCUCCUCCCCAUCCACCUCCCCGAGGGGCCCCGCGUGGUCCCCGGCUGCCAGAGCCUCGAGCGCCACGUCCAGGCCAAGCGCGAGUACAGCGUCAUGCCCACCUUCUUCCCCCCCAACAGACUCCCCGACACCCCCCAGGAGCCGGACCCCGAGGUAGUCCCCCGCGCGGACCCCAAGAUCCUCCCCCUGACGGACACCACGGGGCAGGACAACGUCAAGAACCUCAAGCACAUCCCCUGGCCCGACCCCGUCCCCAACCCUCCACCCAACCCCUUCUACAGACACCCCCAACAACCCCCCCACUGGGGGGGUUGCCCCCCCAUGCCCGCAGGGUUCAGGCCCAACGGCGGGCCUGACUUCUACGGGGCCCCAAUUGAGGGCAUGGCCAUGGGGGGCCCACCGGACCCCAUGACUGGGGCCAUGCCCAUGGGGGGCGCUGUGGGGGCCCCUGCUGGGGGCGGUGGGGGGCACUGGGUG